AUGACCUGCGCCUUGACCCUACCGGGAGUCCCCAGUGCCCCCGACCUUACAGAACGAACGCGGGCCCUCAUGCGGGCCUUCCCGCUAGUGGACGGUCACAACAACCUGCCUCUACUUUUGGCACAGCUCUUCCAGAACAAGCUACAGGAUGUUAAUCUGCGCAAUUUCAGCCGCGGCCAGACCAGCUUGGACAGGCUUAGGGACGGCCUCGUGGGCGCCCAGUUCUGGUCGGCCACCGUCCCAUGCCAGACCCAGGACCAAGAUGCCGUGCGCACCACACUGGAGCAGAUUGACCUCAUUCACCGCAUGUGUGCCUCCUAUUCUGAACUGGAGCUUGUGACCUCAGCUGAAGAUCUGAACAGCACUCAGAAGCUAGCCUGCCUCAUUGGCGUGGAGGGUGGUCACUCCCUGGACAACAGCCUCUCUGUUCUGCGUACUUUCUAUCUCCUUGGAGUGCGCUACCUGGCGCUCACGUUCACCUGCAGCACACCCUGGGCAGAGAGUUCCAUCAAGUUUAAACAUCACUUCUACACAAACAUCAGCGGGUUGACCAACUUUGGUGAGAAGGUGGUGAAGGAAAUGAACCGCCUGGGCAUGAUGGUGGACCUGUCCUAUGGAUCAGAUGCCUUGGUGCGGCGGGUCCUGGAGGUGUCACAGGCUCCUGUAAUCUUCUCCCACUCAGCUGCCAGAGCUGUGUGCAACAGUCUGCUGAAUGUUCCUGAUGCCAUUCUACAGCUUCUGAAGAAGAAUGGGGGCAUCGUGAUGGUAACGCUGUCCAUGGGGGUUCUGCAGUGUAACCUGUUAGCCAACGUGUCCACUGUGGCAGAUCACUUCGACCACAUCAGGGCAGUCAUUGGAUCUGAGUUCAUCGGGAUUGGUGGAAAUUACGAUGGGUCUGGCCGAUUCCCUCAAGGGCUGGAGGAUGUAUCCACAUACCCAGUGCUGAUAGAGGCAUUGCUGAGACGUGGCUGGAGUGAGGAAGAGCUUCAGGGUGUCCUUCGUGGAAACUUGCUGAGGGUCUUCAGACAAGUGGAACAGGUGAGAGAGGAAAACAGCGAGCAGAGCCCUAUAGAGGACGAGUUUCCAGACAGGCUGCUGGGCAAGUCCUGCCACUCUCAUCUCCUGCCUCUGCCUGGGUCUCAGCUUCAGAGAGAGCAUCCCCUGGAGCUGAACAAGUGGCCAUCCAGUCACGUCCCCCAGAGGCUCUCAAAAACCUCCUCUCCUCUCAUCCCAGGCCUUGUGGCUGUCCCCACCUUCUCAGUCCUCAUCCUGUGGCUCUGCUGA